AUGUCCCGACCAAAACAAGUAGGAAAUGUUGAGGAUAAUCCUAAUUUCCAUGGAAACGCUGGCAGUGAACUUGACAGAAGCCGAAGGGAAGACAUACAGUUGAAAGUAGUACCCGCUUUCGAGAGAAUUACCGUGAAAGGCGAGUCUGGACAAUUCAGUAAAGCUGAAGAAGCAGUGGAAACGUACUCCGAGGUGUGGAGCGAGACUGCGGCUCCAGACAGGCUAAAAUACAUUCGAUUGGGAAUGUAUCAAGGACAGAGACCAGAGAAUAAGGAGUUUCUAGAGGAGCUAGAAACAUUGGAGGUUAGCGUGAGAUCGGAGACUAAGGAAGUGCAAUCAAAUUGGGAAGAAGUCAGAAGGAGACUUCUGGAGGUGUUCGAGAAGCACAGAAGAAGGGCUAACAAGGACCUAGGGGUAAAACCAUGGGUAUCGGGAUCGGCAUACGAAUGGAUUAAGGAAGAGCAUCUACGCAUGUGCACAGGAGAAUCGACUUGGGAAGAACUCAAGUUGUAUCUCAAGGAACUACCAGCUUUCGCAGGAAAGGUCACUUACCUGGGAAAUGCUAACAUUAAGGAGUUGGUGGAGCUAGCGAAGGAGAUUGAUCGAAGGAAGGCCGAACAUAAAAGGGAACGACAGCCUAUAAGAACAUCAAAGAAGACAGUCAAGUGUUAUACGUGCAACAAAGUAGGCCACUUAAGUAGGGACUGCCGAUCUGGGAAGGAUCGUACGGGAAAUGAUCAGAAGAAUGCGCAAGAGGUUCAAAGUGGCAAGAAUAAAGGAUCCAACCUUUACAUGACUAAAGUGUUAUUAGGAGCCACAGAGUUAGACGGAAUCAAAGACUCGGGAUCUGACAUAAACGUAAUCGGACGUGAAGGAAUAGAUGUAUUACUUUCAAAUGGAGAAGAGAUUACGGUGAAGAGAAAUGAGACGCAGAUAAAAACAGCAGAUGGACGAGCCAUGGACUGUAAGGAAAAGAUCAUUGUGGAAAUGCGCUAUAGAGAUAGGCAUAUUGGAAAGCACGAAGUAAUGAUAAGUGAAAAUAGAGUCGGUAAAGAGUUACUCAUUGGAGGGGAACUCUACUGA